UAAGAACCGAAGCAUCCCCAAACAAACCCUAUUAACCGUUAGUGGUUUAAGCCCCGUCCGUAAAGCUGCUGCUAUUUUGUCGCAACUAUGAAACUCCAAUCCACUCUUUACUGCCAGACCUAUUUAAACGUUCAUCUAAACCCUACUCUUUGCGUUUUAAGCGAUGGAAGGGUUUAUCACUGAGCCUACCAUUGAAGGAAAAAACAUCAGUCCAGCUUCAAAGCUAAAAAAAUUUGAGGACCCGCUUGACAAUGUUGAUCUCAAAAUCACCGACUUGUCUUUUGCCGACUCAUUUCUCGAUUUUGAUUCCAUAAAGGAGUUUUUCGAAGAUAACCAACAAAACCCAGACAGGAUAACCUUAGAGAAUAUUGAAUUUAGGGUUUUUGAGAAGAGUUUAAAGAUGGAUGGAGAAGAAAAAACCAAUUUUGGGGACGGGAUGCUAGACGGGUAUGACCCGAUUUUAGACGGGUCGGGUAGUGCGGUAAAGGUUAACGCGUUAGAAGGCGAGAAGGAGAAGGACUUGAGUUGUUAUACAGAGGAAGUGAUGAGUAAAGUUAGUUUGUUUGGUGAGAAGAGUAAAGUGAUGAGAGAAAGUGGGAAAGUUGGUUUGGCCGUUGGGAGGGAUUCGGAUGCUGUUGAUGGGAGUGGCGCGAAGACUGAAAGAGCAAGUGACGAGAAUGAGAGUGAAGGUGAUUCAGAGUCUGAGGCUGAGAGCUCAACUUCUUCAUCAUCAUCAUCUUCUAGUAGUAGUAGUGAUGAUGAUGAGGAAGAGGAAGAAGAUGAAGAUGAAGAUGAGAAAGAGGAAAUGAAGAUUCCAGUAAAAAGAGAUACGGUUGUGGUGGGUGAUCUUGAAGAAGGCGAGAUAGAAGUUGUUGAUGGAGAGGAGAUGGUUGCUAGAAAUUAUGAUGAUAGUGAUGAGGAGCAAACUGAAAAGGACGUGGUUGGAGGGAGUGAUAUCGAAUUUGAUGAUGUUGAUGUGGAUGAAAUUGGUGAAGGUACUAUGGGAGGGCCUAUUAAGUCGAAGAAUGAACUGCAGGUUCUCCCUCCAGUUCCUCAGGUGAAUAUUACCUUGCAACCACAUCAUCAAAUGCAGCCUGUUGGGGUUGUUCUGUCGGUUAUAGGUGUCCAAGUCAUUGUUGAAGGGGUGGAGAAGCAUAACCCUCUAAAUGAGGGUUCUAUACUCUGGAUAACUGAAAGCAGAUCCCCUUUGGGGCUGAUUGAUGAAAUUUUUGGACCUGUUAAAAACCCUUACUAUGUGAUACGAUACAAUUCGGAAAGUGAAAUCCCUGCUAGUGUCUGUGUAGGCUGUCCAAUCUCUUUUGUUCAAGAGUUUGCCAAUCAUGUGCUUAAUCACAUGAAUCUAUAUAAGAAAGGGUAUGACGCAUCUGGUGACAAUGAUGAAGAGUUAUCAGAUGAAGCGGAGUUUUCAGAUGAUGAGAAAGAAGCUGAGUAUAAAAGCAAGCUAAAGAUGGAAAAGAGGGGCAUGAGUGACAAGAAACCUGGUAACGGGAAAAACAAUCGAAAGAACGGUAAAAAUGCUUGGAAAAAUGAUAGGCAUUCAGUUCCACAAAUGGCUGGAGUUGGUCAGCCAAUACCUAAUCAAAACCAGAAUCAGAUUCCUUUUCCAGCAUCCCUGGGUCAUGGUAUUCCUUCUUCCAACAUUUUACAAGGCUUUCUUGGUGGAAUUGGUUCUCUUCCACACUUUCGGCCAAUGGCACCUUCAAAUGGAGUUUGGACCAAUGAGAUGCAAUCUCAGCAACCACAGAAUGCUUUAUUCCCUAGUGGAUUUCCAAUGAAUAGCAUGCCAUGGCCUUCUCAGAAUUAUCAGCAGCCUCCUUUCCAGCCUAUGAUGAACAAUACUGCCCUACUGCGGCAGUAUAAUCCUAUUCAUACAUUACCUGUGGGGCAGCCGAAUGUCUUUGUAAGGCAUACUGGAUUUAUGAGGGAAAACGUCAUGAGCCAAAUGGUUGGGGUGGGUUUACGGGGCCAGCCUGCCCCCCCAUGUGCAAAUGGCAGAGGAGUGGAGAUUCCUUCCAAUGGACCGCAACAGUACAAUUCCCAAGCUGGUUAUUGUCCUCCGGCUGGCAUUGAAACUCCCAAACAGUUUGAAACGAGUGCAGGUGCAUCUUUGAAUCAUCUAAGGAAACCAUAUCAUAGAGGGGGUGGACGCUUUGCUGGUGGGAGAGGUUGCCAGCAGUCCAGAUGAAAUCAUGCAUUGUGUUCGUUUUUGAGCUUUAGCAAAAUGAAUUAGCUUAGCUUGAGAGUUGCAGGAGCCAUAGGGGGGCUCUAAUUUACUUUAGUGGUUGAGAUAAACUGAUUGAAUGGAUACGAUGUUGAGAAGUUGUCCCUAAUAAAUUAAGAUAACAAAUGCUUCUGUUUCA